AUGCAAUUUUUAAUUGAAAUCUCAGGUAGAAUUAACGUUCCUAUUAAACUAGAAAAAUUCUGCAAUUUCAAUUAGAAUACUUGUUUUGGAAAAAUAUUUAAUAAGUAUGCCCAAUUUUUAAAAUAUACUUUGAAAAAAUACUUCUAGAACGAAUUCCCAAAAUUGAAUGAUUUUAUUUUAUAAUCGGAAGAAGAAGCAGAAAUUUUUAAAGGAAGCAAUCUAGAAUCAUAUCUUAUAAAACCAGUGUAGAGAUUACCUAAGUGUGUCCUUUUACUUAAAGAUUUGAUCAAACACACUUGA